UUGUCGGUUGAUAUUCUUGUUCGAAGAAGUGAGUCUCCGUUUUUGUAGUCAGUCUUUCACUGGAGUGGACUGUAUGCUGGGCUCUGGACAAAUUGUAGUCCCGUAUUCGUCUGACCAACGCGGGAGACGGACGUUUGUGGCAGUUGUAUGGGACAAAACAGUUCACAGGCUGGCAAAAUGACUGCUCCUGUCCGUGUCAUCGUGGUGGGAGGAGGAUGUCGGGGUGAAGUCUACUCCCAGUAUGCGUCUAUUCAUCCCGAACGAAUGAAGGUUGUUGCAGUGGCUGAUCCACGGAAAUUUGCAAGGACCAAACUUCAAAAACAACACAAAAUCGUGGAGGAAAACGUAUUUGAAGACUGGCAGGCUGUAGUUGAAAGAGACAAGUUUGCAGAUGCUGUGUUAAUUUGCACCCCAGAUCGCCUCCAUAAGGAACCUGCUGUGGCCUUUGCAAAGAAGGGAUACCAUGUUCUUCUGGAGAAACCAAUGGCAACAACUGCAGAAGACUGCACGGCGAUCGUGGAGGCUUGCAUUCAGAGCGGCGUGAUGCUGUCCGUGGGUCACGUUCUCCGGUACGAUCCAGUCAUCCACAAGAUAAAGAAGCUCAUAGACGCUGGAGUCAUAGGUGAUGUGAUCCAUAUUCAGCACCUGGAACCGGUUGGGUUUUAUCACUUUGCUCACUCGUUUGUUAGAGGGAACUGGAGAAACGAAGCAGAGAGCUCUUUUGCUCUUCUCGCUAAAUCUUGCCAUGACAUUGACCUCAUACAUCACUGGGCUGGAGGGCGCAGGUGUGUGAAAGUGUCGUCAUUUGGAUCCGUGAGCCACUUCAAUAAAGACAACAAGCCAGCAGGGGCUGCAGAUCGCUGCCUUAACUGUUCAGUAGAAAAAGACUGCCCGUACUCAGCAUGCAAAAUCUACUUAGACAGUGUGAAGAAGGGUCACACUGGCUGGCCAGUAUCAGUUAUAUGCCCCAAUUCACUCCCAGACAUUGAGUCAGUAACAGAGGCAUUGAAGACUGGACCGUAUGGCCGCUGUGUCUAUGAGUGUGACAAUGACGUCUGCAGUAACCAGGUUGUCAACAUGGAGUUUGAAGGGGGUGUGACGGCAGCCUUUUCCAUGGUGGCAUUCACCGAGGAGAUUUGCAAGCGAAAAACAACCAUUUACGGCAGCAAGGGCGAGCUCUCAUGCAAUGGCCAUGAGAUCCAUGUGUUCAACUUCCUGACCCAGAAAUCCACAAAGCACACAGCAGACUAUAACACUCCCAGGCAGUUCGGUAUGAGUGGACAUGGUGGAGCAGACUACUGCCUUAUGCAUGCCUUCAUUUCUGCUGUGGCAAACAAUGAUCCAUCACUGAUACGGUCUGGUCCUGUGGAGACACUGCAGAGUCAUUUGCUGGUGUUUGAAGCUGAGCGCUCACGACUGGAGAGCAGAGUGCUGCACUGUGGGGACACUAAACAAAGCUAAAAGAAAACACCUACAACAUUUUUUUAGCAUAUUUUGUUAUAGCUUCUUAAUAAAUCAGUGUAGUAAUACCUAUAUUGUUAGUUAUUGAACAAAACAAUUAAACUUAACUUUACUCUAGUAAUUUGUCAAUUACUAGAUUUAUAUACAAACGCGGACAUAUAUGUGUAGUUUACCAGAUGUUUUUGCAACAAGGACUUUUUUCUAGUGAAGCAAAGAUGUCCUGAGAAAGUAUGAUGAUUAAUGACAAUGACACUCACUUCCUAAAAUGAUUACAUAACUGAUUCAUGUCAGAAAAAGAAAUAUUAAUCUCAAGGGACUACCUGGUUUAAUAAAUGCUAAAUAAAAUCUGUUUUUAGUCUUGUGUCUUUAGUUUCCACGUUUUUUUUUUGUUGUUUUUUUUCUUCCACAGACUAUCACACUACAAAACCUGACACUAGUCUUGACACAGUAGGACAUGGAAAGAAGUCACACCUUAAAUUUUGAGACAGUGUGUCACAUCCAGUCUUCAGCACCUGGACUCUUCUGCUCCAAAGCCAUGCUAUUGUAAACACUGCCCAGCCAGUGAGAGCAUCAAGCCCCCAGUCCUCCACCUCUGGUUUCAAGCGUAAGAGAGAGGAGGCUGACCAGGAAGAGCUACCCCCUAGUCGGAGAGCGAGGAGAUCCAACCCUCAGCCCUCCAGCUCUCGCUUCCAGCAUGGACGACAGGCGGGUGCCCAUCAGGAGGUAAACACUGCCCAGCCAGUGAUGUGGUGCAACCCUCAGCCCUCCACCUUUGGUUUCCAGCAUAGACGACCGAAGGCUGCCAAUCAAGAGGUAAACACUGCCCAGCCAGUGAGAGCAUCAAGCCCCCAUCCCUCCAUCUCUGGUUUACACUUGAACCCUGACUGGAGAACGAGGAGAUCCAGCCCCCAUCCCUCCAUCUC